GAGAGAGAGAGAGAGAGAGCGCACACUCAGUGUUUGCUUUUUUCGUCGCGGUAGAGCUCCUCUAUGAAUCUUGGAAAUUAUGUUAUGAAAAGAGUAAUAAAUGCAGUGAACGCAUACCGAAGAAAACCGUUCUGACACUGAUUCCUCUGUCGACUUAAGAAUCAGUCCCAGAUCUUCCUGUUCGACCGACACCUGGCCAGUGGAAGACUUGAUUUUUACAUCAAAAUGAUGCUGAUAUGGGUUGUUCAUACUAAAUGACAUAACAUAAAUAAUAAAUGACAUCACUCAGUGAACACCAUAUAACAAACAUCUACCUUUCGUUUGCUGUUCGGGAGGUGUUGUAAUGGACCUAGAAUCCAAGGCUGUGUAGGUGUGGAUUUGUUUUUGACAUCAUGGGUUGUGGAGGCUCCAGGACAGAUGUGUUGGAGCCGAGAUAUAUGGAGAGUUGGACCAAAGAGACAGAGUCCACCUGGCUGACCAGCACGGACACAGACAUACCCCUGUCCUCCAUCCAGAGCAUCCCCUCGGAAAACUCUUCAGAGGUGGGCUUCCCAUCAGAGAAGACUGCCAACCUCGAUCUCUUUGAUGAUGGUCUGCCUUCUCCAGCUCAGGCAUAUCUGAAAGUGUGUUCUGCCAUGUCUGAGGUGGGUCUGCAUGACAUGAAAACUGGCAGCACCCCUGCAAUCCUCUCUUCUCAAGAACAGGAAGUGCUGUCUUCUUCUGGUACCACAGUGCAGAGGAGAAGCGUGUUACGAACUGAGGAAAUAACCAAAUGGCAGGACAGCCGGAUGUCCACCAAGCAAGUGACCAUCACUGUGACUCAAAGCAUCCGGCAGGUGGGCAAGAGCGGAAAGAUCAAGGAAACUUCUCAAACCACCUAUGAGGUCAUGAAACCGGUGGAUGGUUUGAUGGACACAGCAGCUGACUCAGUGCCUCAAUGAGGUGUUCACCCAAGACCUCAUGAAGACUGUAUCUUGGAUUUCUGGAAAGCUUUGGUGAAGAUGGCAUGGACCAAAGAAGUAAGAAGUAAGGAAUGACCUAAAUGAAGAAGUUCAUCAGUGCUGUGAUUAACGGGUUUCAAGGGUCAGUUAAAUGUUAGAUUCAUUAUUCAGUUACACUUGACUGAUUUAAUAAUAUCUAUUUUUAUGUACAUCUUUUCUCUGUAAUGUCUUUGUCAAAAUGUUUUGUUUUUUCUGAUGCCAACAAAAAGAAUCUUAGCUAAAGCAUCGAAUGUACACACACUGAAAGCACAGGAUAGAUCAGGAAGGGCAGUCGACAGAUGGGCACUUAACCAUUGGCUGAUUGAUUUUGUGAAAAGUGUAAAAAUGAUACUUAAAUAGUUUAAAAACAUACCAACAACACAUGCUUGUCCCAGAAAAAAGGGUGACUUGAAGUUGAAGUACCGCUUUAAUUUUUUAUCUUGGAUCUGAAAAUCAGUGCCCUUACUAUCACACUAUUGUUGCCUUCAGCUUUUUGGGGUAAAAAAAAAAAAAACCUAAUUACAGUUUCUGUAGCAAGCUAGCACUACUGCAAAAGGUAGUGUGCAAGAAUAUAAAGCAGCUCUGUUUUGUUAUUCCAGUAUUGUUUGAUGUAUCACUGCUUUACUCACUGGAAGAUGAUGUUUAUUGUUGAGUUAUUAAAUAUCUAUUGGA